AUGCGCAUACAUAUAUAUANGUUGCAUUUCACGGGCAGUGCUGGAAUAUCAACAAACGUCAUAUUGGAUGACAACAAUGUAAGUAAUGAAAACCUCAGCGACCCGGAAUACGUUCCAUCGGAUGUCGAUUCCAUUGAUGAUGAUCAUGACGAUGAGAAUGAAGAUUUCGAUGCUUCUGACAAAAUGGUCCAAAAUAUAAUGCGUCUCAAUGAUGAUUGCCAAAGUAUUGCAAAUAAUGCAUCUUUAGAACAUAGUUUAGUCGAACGAACCGCUUCGUUAACGGGUAGAGAUAUUAGUGGCUCUAUAUAUACUCCGUCACAGCACAGCGCAUGUUCGGAAGAUAAGACAGGUAAUGAUAAUUUCGAAAGCAACAUGGAGGCGUCAAAUCUUAGUGGCUCAAGUAAUUCCACAAAUAAUCUGAGUAUAUCUGAUUCGGAAAGCAAACGAAUAACUUCCUUCAUUGAUGAUGCUGAAAUGAUUGUUGAUCCAUCUCGCGGACCCGUUGGUUCCGGCAAAAAACAUUGUUGUUUUUUCUGUCAUAAACUUCAGUCAAAACUCGUCCGCCACUUAGAAACCGUACAUCGCGAUGAGCCUGCCGUGAAAGAGUUUCACGUAUUCCCAAAAGGUAAUCCUGAACGCUUACAACUUAUCGAUGUUCUGAGACACAAGGGUGACUUCGAAUUUAAUCAUAAUAAGGAAAUAAAUCCAGACAAGAAACUCAUUGUUAGCAGGAGGCCUAACCCAAAGCGUAACACAAACGGCACGCAAUAUGUUCCUUGUCCAAAAUGUAAACUGUUUCUAUCCAAAGGUAGUUUAAGUCGUCAUACCAGGCGCUGUAUUGGAUCAAAUUGUAAGGGUAGCAGAGGGAUUGUAGCUUUGGGGAGAAGAUUGUCUGCUAGAAUUCAUCGAGUGGCAGAUCCAAUUUUGAUAAAAGUAUUCUCGGUUCUACGCGAAGACACGCCAGUUCGGUUGAUACGGAACGAUGAAUUAAUCAUUAGAUUUGCGAAUAGAUUGUGCAUAAAACAUACUAAACAGUAUCAGCACAAAAUGAUACGUUCACGAAUCAGGCUACUUGGUAAUUUUUUGUUCGCACUGAAAGAAAUAAAUUCUGAAAUCAAAGAUUUUGCAUCUCUAUAUGACUCAAAGUACUACGAAGAUUGUAUUCGUGCAAUUCGUAUCGUCGCGAAAUUUGACCCAGAAACAAAUAGUUAUGGUUCUCCCGCCACAGCUUCAUUAUUAGGAACGUUACUCAAAAAUGUCGGUUCUCUUCUGAAGACAUUAUAUUUGAGUAGAAAAGACGAAGAAAGGAGAAAAUUGACGAAAAAUUUCAUCGAAAUUCUGACAGAUGAUUUUCCUACUAGUGUGAAUAAAGCUGCAUUGGAAUCCCAGGAAGAGAAAAGGCGUCAUAGAAAAGUAGAACUUCCGUCCAUGGAAGACAUAGCAGCAUUGCGUACCUAUCUUAAAGUUAAAUGUACCGAGUCUUAUAAUAAUUUGGAAAAAGAAUAUUCUUACAGCAGUUGGUUGAGCCUUACGAAAGCCACGUUGACUUUUGUACAGUUAUUCAAUCGACGACGUGCAGGUGAAAUCGAACAUCUUCUUAUAGCAGAUUUUGAAAAGUAUGAACAAAUUUCUGAUACUCACACGGAUCUGUAUAAAACACUGUCAUCUGAUGCUCGAGCCAUUGCUGCAAAAUAUACCCGUUUCACUAUCCGAGAAGAAUGCGGAGCGAAACGCCCCUGGACUCUGCGAGGCACGGUCCUCCGUAAACACAUCGCAACUGUUUGCAUUUCUUUGGAAUUGUCCGACAACGAGGUUUCUGAUUUAGCUAAUUUCAUGGGACACGCUGAGACUAUUCACAGAAAACAUUACCGUCAGUCAAUAGCGAGUAGAGAAAUUCUCCAGAUGUCGAAAUUCCUCGAAGCAGCACAAGGUGCCGAUGAUAUCGGAGACGAUGACGAAGAGCACUGCAAAAGCAGCCAGUUUGAGGUUUCAAAUACAGUCUCUAAUAACAACUCAACAUCAAGCAUGGAAUUGGAAAUGAGAGAGUACGCCUCAUUUGACAAGGGACGUGCGGUAUCUAACAAGACGACAGCAAGGAAGAAUUCUUCACCUAACAAAAUCAAAAGAGCACGGUGGACGGAAGAGGAAAAAGCAACAGUCACUGAUAUUUAUGGAAAACAUUUUAAGAAUGGCACAUUACCUUCAAAGAGAAGAUUAGAAGCGGAUAUUCGUGAAAAUCCAUGCUUGAGCAAUCGAACUCCAGCUCAGAUUAAAACCUGGAUUAGCAAUCAACAAAGAAGUUCAAGGAUUCAAAUGUCGUACAGUAAUAUCUAACACCAUGGACUUUUCUGCUCACCUAAAUGGUUACCUUCCAAAGCGGCAUGCCCUCAACGCCAACUGAUUAUUAAUACGUUAAGCGCCACGCCUGGAUUGUUUUCCUUUCCUCUUAGCGCUACUGUCAGCCAUCGGUGGCUAACGCGAUCCGAACGAAAAGUAUACUGUCAGCCACCGGCGACUGACAUGCCGUUUAACGUGUUAAUAUUUACGCAGUAUAUGAUUACUGUAAUUGGAACAUUUAAUUAUUAAUUAAGAAAUUUACACAGUGACAUUUAUUCAUGACGAAGCAUUUCCCUUUUUAUACUGCUUGUUUAUCGUUCAUUCUCGCUAAUUUAUUCUACGUUCAUUAAUACUUACAAUAAUUUAUUUGUAGCUGUAAUCCCUCAGUUUAUUAAGAAUGGCCUAUUCGUCUUCUUUCAAAUUUAUUAUUUAAAAAUUAUUUUUGUCUACGUGUUGAUGAUGGCAUUGUAUUUUAAGAAUUUAUAAUCUCAUCACUUUCCUAUUAUACCUUUCGCUCCUUAGUCAAUUGUCACAACGAUUUUAAUGUUGUUAAAUUAUAUUGUUCACCUGUUAACACGACGCGGCUUGCGAUAUAAGAGAAUUGCUAAGACGAGAGAGGAGAACCUUUAUGGUAUUUAGAUGUGUUCCAAACAAAAUAUGAACGUUAUGCAUUAAUUAUGUUAUUGUUGCUCGAGUUAUGCGAAAUGUAUGUAUGUAACACAACAGUUAAGGAUUGUGAAUGAGAUAGGUAACUCAAAACUCCGAUUUGAAUUUUGAAAGAGAAUUAUUUAUAUCUGAUUUCUUUUGAGAACUUCUAAUCUCAUCAAUUUCCUUGUACUGCUUGGAUGUUUAGUCGGUUAAUGCGAUGAAUAUAAUAUUGUUAAAUAAUGUCCUGUUAAGUCGGCGUGGCCGGCGAUAUAACAAUAUUCUUAAGACGAGGGAGGAAGACUUAAUUGUACUGAGAUGUGUUUUUACGAAAAAUAUUAAUGGUAUAAAGUAAUUUUGUUAUUGGUACUCAAGACAUGUGAAAAAUAUUUAUGUUAUGCAAACAGUUUAGGAUUUUCAGUGAGAGAAAUGACUGAAGUAUCAUGCAUCUAUUCAUUACAAUAGUGUAAUCCGUGCACAAUAAUCGUACACAUUAAUUUCUGAAGUUUUUGAAACACUGUUCUUGAAUUAAGGAGAGCCUCCUUAGUGUUGCCAGCCAAAAUUUAAUGCUAUACUUGGGAAUUACAGGGAAGGCUAUGCGUCGUAUUAACUUGAGACCUUCUUGGAAUAUUUAAAUAUACUGUAACCCAUGUAGUCUCUCAUCACUUAAGAAUAUUGAAUUGUUCCAGGGUUAUUAAUAAUUUCUUGGAAUACACAAAAAAGUCUGCAAUAUAACCGUUGUAUCAGCGGUUGUUAAAGUUCGAAACAGAGAAACUAAAAUGUUUCUUAACCUAUCUCAGGACGACAUAACUGGGAUUAUCUAAACGUAUCGAAAAAAUCUAGUACCGUUACUUUUUGGAAGUUGCAAGAAAUAAAAUCAUUCUUCACAAUGCCACCAUUUUAAUCUUUUUUGGUAUUUUUCGAUCAUUCUUGUAUUAAUGCUGAUCGCCUUCAUAUGGGUAAAGAAUGUUCUUAGUUUCAGUUUCAGACAUCCACAACAACUGUUUUUUCAGUUACUAUGGAGGUGCUAUUUCUUCGAGGCACUUCAGUAAAUUACGUAUAACUUAAGAACCAUUUACUUGAUGAAAUAAUUACAUGGUUUUUUAAUGUAGGUACACAUAACCAGAAAGUUUCACGUUAAAAAGUACUGUUGACUUCUAUUCUUUAAUUCCCAAGGGGUACCUUUUUUGCUGGCCGUCAACAUUAGGGAGGCCACUUGACGUAGAUGUGAGAUUGUUUUAUAUGUAUUUUCAGUUUCCAACUAUGUAUUUUUUUUUUUUUUAUAAUACUUGCUUUACAUCAAAGUACUUAAAACUUAUUGUGUAUUAAUGCGUUCAAUAUUUUAUUUCUAACUAUAAUCUUUGUUCUUUAUUGCGUAUAACAUGUUUUACCUCUUUCAAAUUUCAUAUUAAAAGAAUUCAUAUUUGCAUGAUUCUGGCGACACACGAUUAGUUUUAAGUUCUUCUAAUCUCCCUUAUUUCUUUAUAUACUCUUAGCUGUUUAAUCGGUUAACGCGAUUAAUAUAAUAUUGUUAAAAAAUCUCGUAUUACGUCAGCGCGGCCUGCGAUGUAAGAAUAUUCCUAAGACGAGAGAGAAAGACUUAAUCGGACUAAGAUGCGUUUUUACGAAAAAUAUUAAGGGUAUGAAGUAAUUCUGUUGUUAUUAUUCGAGUCAUGCGAAGUACGUACAAACAGUUAAGAAAG